AUGGCAAAUGCCCAGAUUAGGGUCGAUUUCUUGGAGAAUGUGGACUGUAAAUCUGCAUUGUACAGAAAUCGAGCCAAGAUCAUCCCCAAGCUUCCAAGAAGACAAGGAGAUAUAGACCUUCAAGGAGCCUGGACAGAGACAGCACCAGGGGAGCAGUUUCUUCUGUGUGAUGAUACCAAUCAAGGCGAGAGGAUGAUUAUAUUUGCUACAGAGGACAACCUGAGACGAUUGAUCGCAUCACCGACAACUGCAUAUGGAGGAAAGUGCAGGCUUGUUGUCUUGCCAUCGGAUGACAACCUCAAGCAAUUGGUACGUCGUACAGCCGUCCUGCCUUUGGUCCCACUUGAGAAAGUUGAGGAUGUGUGGCUUGAGGCUCUCGAGGACAAUGAGGAUGUGGGCCAAGAUGUGACCAACUUCACAGACUAUGUAACUGAGACAUGGGUAGAAGGUGAUAGGCAACACUGGAAUCAUUAUGAUUACGAUGGACCACGGACCACAAACAACGUAGAGGGCUGGCACAGCAAGCUGAACAAGUUAUGUCAGCGUCCGCAUCCGAACACCAUGGUGAAUCUGUUGCAGGGCAUUCAAGGUACCAAUGAUGCAAAUAUCAUACAGUAUCAAGCUGGAGGCAAACCAUGCGCAAAGAGGAAAUAUCGCCAACUAGAAUCGAGACUCCAGACUCUAAAGAUGAGACUACGAAACAACACGAUGGAUGUGACUACAUAUGCUGAUGCAGCUUCACAUCUUAUCCACUUGGAGUAAUAAAUCCAGGAUAAUGACAAUUAUAUACCCACGUAUCAUAUGCUUGUGUUUCCUGAACAUUAACAUUCAAUUUCAUAAAGGGACCUAAGUGAUUAUGAUAUCAUUUGAGAAAUUGAACUUGUGUAUUCUAAACAUUAUAUAAUUUAACAUUCAUUUUCAUAAAGUGACUUGAACUUGCAAGGACAACGAUUACCGUUUACUCGUGUUAAAGGAAGUGACAAUUAUAUAGACUAGUGUUUCUCUGUAAUAAUAAGACUACGUGAAUAGGUUCGUUUGUGAAGACUGCAAAUAUGGGAACCACCGAUAUAUCAUAUUCAGUGAUUACACAGUGACUUUGGUGAUAUUGUGAACUUUAUCCCCGAUUUCUAGGAUUAUACAUAUUUGUGCUUUAUUAUUAAAUCAGUUUCAUGAUCAUACAUGAUAUGUUUUACUUGAACUACAUGUAUUAAAAUGUCAUUUAAAGUGUUUUGUUUUUAAUCCUUUUCUCUUAAGUACAUUAUAUAUCCCUGUUAUAUAUCACAAUGAAACAGGUAACGUUGACUUAAACUUAUUGAU